AUGCCCAUGCUCGCAUGGAUGUGGAAGCACCGUACCCCCACGUGGUCUGCCACACGCCGCGGCCAACAUGCGUCUGCCAUUCCGAACAAGCACCUCCCCCUUACUCUAGCCAUGACAUUGAUCCUGCUUCGGCGCGCGUUUACCUUGCUGGACUCCGAGACAUGGGUUUCAGGCAUACGAAGCGCUAGCACCAGUAGUUUGAAGUCGAAGUCUACGAAGAGGCAGAGCAGCUCACCGCCGAAUAAUGCUCCUCAGCCUUCUAAGCAACCGGCCGAAUGCACCGAGCUGGAUGCGUUCUUCGCAAAAUAUCCCACAUUCGACUACGAUCCGUCAGCGCCAGUGACUGUCGAGUUGCGACGGAUGUGCAAGUUCUUUCAAUGGCCAAAGAAAAAGCGAAGGGAGCCAAAGUUGGAUAAGCACGAGGAGAGACUGGCUGCUGAGGAAGGCUUUCGGAAGGCUCUAGUGGGGCAAUUCAACAGCCUGUUUGGCAAGAAGGUGGAUAAGCUUCAGAACUGGCAGAGGCUAUGCCAGUUGUUACAGAUCGAUCCGAUCCCAAUAGGACUGGAAGCGUGUCGCAAAGCCGUGAAAAACACCCACGUUAAUCUCAUUGAUCUCGUGGAUUAUACUAGGACGGGUACUCCGGCGCGUAUACAUCCGUCUGAGGAGCGGCUUAGGGAUUAUACCAAGGCCGAAGGGAAGUACUUCCCUAAGGAACGAGCUCAUGCUGGAGGAGUCCUGAGAUAUCUCCUUCGCCGCAUCCAUGUUGACGUUGAUUGA